AAUAAUGAGGUGCACUGUAGCUGUUAUUGGCAGUUGGGCUUUUGCAAUUGCAACCACCAUAAGGACCCCUCUCUCUCGGAAUCAACUAACGGAAAAUUAUAACAGAACUUAUCUAACGGUUACAUUUCACCUGUCUCUCUCUCCCUUUCUCUUCUUUUUGCAAAAACAAGGAAACAGACACACACACAAAAAGAAAGAAAGAAAAGCCAUAAACACCACUCUUCUUCUUCAAAAAAAGGAAAAAAAAAAAGAGAAAAGAAAAGAGAGAAGACAUGAACCAAAAUAGGACCCAUCUCUCUCUUCCUUUAAUCUCGGACUAUUGUUUUGCCCACCCGCAAAUCUCGCGUGCCCCAUAUCGACAAACACUCUCAACCCAUUCCCUCCAAAGAAGAAGAAAAAGAAAAAAGAACAUUUUUUCGUUUUCGUUUCUUUUCUUGUUGGGUAUAACCCAAAUGCUAAAAGAGUUUGAUGUAAUGUGAUAACUGCUACAAUCAAAAUUAGAUAAAAACCCAUUUUCCCAAUCUGGGUUUGGGUCCUAGAUUCGGGUUAAUGGGUUGCGUUACCUCUAAACGGUCAGUCUCGGUGGCUGCCGGAGCUGCUGCUGCAUCCUCCUCACCGUCUCUGGGUUUUAACGACCGUAGUACGGCUGCUUCAUCAAGACAGCCAUCUGGUUCUUUUCAUUUUGAUCAGAAAAGCAAGAAAGAUAGAAAAGAUCAUAGCUUUAGUAGACGCAGAAAGGAAAGUUGUGACCUUGAUAAUAAUAACAAUAAUAAUGAGGACGAAAAUGGGUUUAAUCAGAGUAGCAAUCAUGAAAGCAAAAAGUAUAGGAGGAGGAGUUCCAGUGGACAGAGUAAUUUUAAGUUGGGAUUUUCUAAUAGGCAGAAUGUUAGUGCCGAACAGAUUGCUGCUGGGUGGCCUAGUUGGCUUAGUUCUGCAGCUGCUGAAGCUAUUCAUGGUUGGGUGCCUCUACGAGCUGAUUCUUUUGAGAAAUUGGAGAAGAUUGGACAAGGAACAUAUAGCAGUGUGUUCCGAGCACGGGAAGUAGAAACUGGAAGGAUGGUUGCACUGAAGAAGGUUCGCUUUGACAAUUUUCAGCCAGAGAGCAUUAGAUUUAUGGCACGUGAAAUACUUAUUCUCCGCAGGCUUGACCAUCCAAACAUAAUAAAGUUGGAGGGCAUCAUUACAUCUCGAUUGUCGAGCAGCAUAUACCUUGUAUUUGAAUACAUGGAGCAUGAUCUUGCUGGACUGUCAUCUUCUCCAGACGUCAAGUUCAGUGAGUCACAGGUCAAGUGUUACAUGAAGCAACUAUUACAUGGAAUUGAGCACUGCCAUUUACGAGGUGUAUUGCAUCGGGACAUUAAGGUGUCCAACAUUUUAGUCAACAAUGAAGGGAUUCUAAAAAUAGGAGAUUUUGGACUGGCCAAUGUCCUUAACCCAAAGAACAAGCAUCAACUGACCAGUCGUGUUGUGACUUUAUGGUACCGACCCCCUGAACUCUUGAUGGGUUCAACAAGUUAUGGAGUAUCCGUGGACCUAUGGAGUGUGGGUUGUGUAUUUGCAGAACUUCUUGUUGGGAAGCCUCUCCUAAAGGGGAGAACUGAGGUUGAACAAUUACACAAGAUCUUCAAGCUUUGUGGUUCUCCUCCUGACGAGUAUUGGAAACAAUGUAAGCUUCCUAAUGUUACCAUGUUUAAACCCCAGCAUAUUUAUGAAAGUUCACUUCGAGAGAGGUGCAAGGAUUUCCCAACUGCUGCUGUGGACUUGAUAGAAACUUUUCUUUCCAUAGACCCAGAAAAGCGUGGGACUGCCUCCUCUGCUCUUUUGUCUCAGUACUUUAACACAACACCAUAUGCAUGCGAUCCGUCAAGCUUACCAAAGUAUCCACCAAACAAAGAAAUGGAUGCCAAAUAUCGAGAUGAAACACGGAGGAGAAUGUCUGGUGUUCGAGCCAGAGAUGCUGGAGCACCAAGAAGAUCAAGAAAAGUUAAUAGAACAUUGCAAGAAUGCAACAUUCUCAAUAAAUAUGCAUCAAAAGAGGAAAUGAAAGAUAAAACUCAAGUUGUUUGUAAACUCAAUGACGGUAAUACCCAGAUGUUGAAUAGAGGAAGAGGAGGUGUGAGCAGAGAAGUAAGUUCUUCAAUUGACACAACCUCGGACACUUCCCAAGCAACAAAAGGAGACUGUAUUUUCAUGGGACCAGCACCGGUCAUAGCUUCAAGUGGCUUUGCAUGGGCAAAAAGGCGGCAAGAGGAUGCUUCGUCCACAUUAUCUUACAACCAAUCUAUGUCAAUGACUCAAAUUAGUGCAUUAGAUUCAUCGAGUUUCAGCUUCGCAAACAGUUCCUUUAAUUUAACAAAAGAAGAGGAGAGCAGCCGUGGCUCUCAUGAGGCUGCAUCCAAUCAUGUGAUGCAGAAGAAACGAAGCAGAUUCGAUUCAUCAGAUUCUUUUGAUGCAUCAAAUAUAUACUAUUUCUAUGAUUCAAAGGCAAAAAUUGAGUAUAGUGCGGAAGACGAUAAAGAAAGGGAGAAGGUUGAAUUUUCUGGACCGCUGUUAUCUCAGGCAUAUAAAUUUGAUGAGCUCCUGCAAAGGAAUGAAAGUCAAAUACGCCAAGCAACUCGAAGAUCAAGGAUAAAUAGAGACAAGUAAGGCGCAUAGAUUCUGGUAUGGAAGACUGGAAGGCAAUGCUCAUGCAGACUUGCUAGCUAACUCGGGACAUGGGUUGCUAGUUGGCCCUGAUGCUUCUUGCUGACAUUGAUACUGCAACUGCCUGCCUUUAGGUUCAGAACCUCCUCUGAUUUUGUGUCCAUUGUAUUAGGUGCUCAAAAAAGAAAAAAGAAAGUUCUUAUAUUUGUAAUGUAUAACGGACUGAUCAAAUAGAAAAUGAAGAUCAGGUCUCAGAGGUGCCAAACCCACCGCCAUCCCCAAAACACAAAAAAUGAAAAAGGAAAACGAAAGGAUAUUUGUUUAACAAUAUGAUGCAGCACACAUUGUUCA